CAGUUAUUUAAUACAGAAUAUAGCAAAGUUAUUGAGCAUCCGGUAUACACAGUUCAUUGUGGUUUUAGUAGGUAUUUCUAUAGCUGUUUAGUCCUGUAACAUUUGUGAGAGCUGUGGUUUUGAACAUGCAGUGAGCUAUUAUACUGUCAAUUAAGUCCAUUUAUUAAUAGAAAGCAUUUAGAAGCAACAGAUUUUAAUCAAAGUUAUCAGGUAGUAGUGAUAAUUGUGGUGUAAAAAUAUCGCUCUUAAGAAAAGGCGACGAAGAUGAGAAAUGCUUGGAAAGGCCCGACAAAAGGCACUAAAAUGUUCCACAAUCUUGGGAAUCAAGGGAAAAUGGUUCUCCAAUUUUGAAUUUUGGCUAAGACCACAUAAUGAAGAGCAGGAACUGAUCAGAACAUCUAAGACGUUAAGUUGGAAUAGGUCACGAGAGAUCUGGGAUAUAAACGUGCUAAUCCAUGCAGCGCUGAGAAAUUAAUUAAAUGGAAAGAUUAAAGGACUAUAAAAAUCUCUUCUUUUUUUUGUUCUUUCAUGAUACAAGUGACGAGAUUUGUGACAAACCACAAAUAACACAAGAAUGAUGGAGCAACUCCCAGAAAGGAAGUAUCAGCCCUCGAGAUGCUGUUGAGACAAGACAUGUUAAACUGUCUCCUGAUACCUCAAAGACAGACGUGGCUUUACUUUUCUCAGUAGAUCUAAGAGUGUGUCAAAGUUUGCACCUUUUCAAGCUGAGGGACAUUUAGACUCAAACCACCGAAGGAAACUGAGGGGCCAAAUAUGAGAGGUCAUAUUCCAUUCAGCUGUUUUUAGGUUUUUUCCAUCCAGUACUCAACACCCUCGUGGCAAACACGAAGAGACUUAAAGGUACCCUACAGAGGUUUCUCGUUGUCUUUAACAUGCGUUUUCACCAAAAUGCACUCCGUGUAUGCUUGAGGUCUAACAAAUGCGCUGAAUGCAGUUCUUCACAAAACACCGUGCAAUGUCAUGUUUUCUAAAAGUAAACCCAAAUGAAAGCCUAAUACAAUGGGUUCUAAAACGGAGCUUUGAUGUACACCACAAGACACAGAAUCAAAGGAGGAUAAGGCUUUGUAACUUGAGACUGAAACUGACACACGGUGUGGACAAAAUUCAAACCACAAGACCGUACCAUAAACUGAACUGCAUCAUUGCAACAGUUCGAGAGAACAGAACAGCAGGCUGUAUCAAAAUUAGCAGAGGCGUCUAAAACAAUUAUAACAGCCAAAUUUUCAGUGUCUAAAGACAUCAAAAUGUAAUUUCUUCCCCUUAACAAGCUAAGUCAAUGCAGUCAGAUCAAAGGAUAAACCAUUGGUUUGCCUCCAUCACCCAACUUAACAGCAACAUGUUUCUGCUAAAUAUUUGCAUCUGCGUGGGGCUCAUGCUGUCCCUCCCUCAGUGUACCCAUCAGUCCUGCACUGACGGGACACCCAAGCAGUGCUUGGAUGCAGAUUUCGCUCCAGGUACCAAUUUGGCCGGGGAAGGCUUUGACAUCACCAAAAUGGAACGUAAGGGGGCCUUCGUGAUCGACAUGAAUAAGUGGAAACGCAAGGACAAGACGUGCACCCUGUGCAGCAACCCCUAUCUGGAGAACAGAAAGCAAAAGCUUCCCUUGUCAGUGGUGGACUGGAGGCCAAAGCACUCCUGCAGCAUGAAAGUGGCCUCUAAACUCCACCGAUCCAGCGAGUCUCUGGUCAGUUCCAGCAGCUCUUCAGUUGAAAACAACUGGAAGGCCAAUCUAGAUGUUCAAGCAGGUGAAAAAGAAGGCUCGGUGAUGCUAGCUGGUACCAAUUCUAAACUGGCUGAAUACUCCAUGGAAAAAACUAAGAAUGACAAGUUCAGCUUCACAAGCCACAGCAUGUCCUGUGAGUAUUACAGCUACCGAGUGUCCAGCACGCCCAGGCUGCACAAAGAAUUUCUUAAAGCAGUGAAGCAGCUCCCCCAAACCUACAGCCCUGAAUACAAGCAACGAUUUUACAAACUGAUCGACAACUUUGGCACCCAUUACCUCACCAAGGUGAAGUUGGGAGGAAGUGUUCAGUCUGUGACCAGCAUCAGGCAGUGCCAGGCCAGCCUGCAGGGCCUCAGCGUGGAGGAGGUGGAGAUGUGCCUGGAAGCUGAGGCGUCCGCCAGCGUCAAAGCCACAGUUAAAGCUGAAUUAAAGCACUGCAAGAAGGACAUCGACAAGAUGGAAAGUAAAACAUCCUUCUCUGGCCUCUUCAAUGACAGGUUCACAGAAAUAAAAGGUGGGUACACGUCAGAGCCGGACCUUCUCUUUUCUUCUGACAAAAAUCCAUCGGCCUACAAGGAAUGGCUGAACACACUGCCACAGAAUCCAGACAUAUUCUCAUAUUCCUUGGACUCACUCCAUGAGCUACUGCCCGCUAACAACCCUGCCCGAAAGAACCUGCGCUUGGCUAUUAGCCAUUAUAUCCUGGAGAAAGGCCUGUGGAAGAACUGCAGUGAGCGCUGUCAGGCCGGCAUCAAGAGCGACCCGAGGGAUCAAUGCGUCUGCCAAUGCCACAAUGACCCAGCUGUAAACCAAGACUGCUGUCCAGCCCGCAGGGGCAUGGCACGGGUCAUCAUCACUGUACAACGGGCUUCUGGUCUUUGGGGAGACCACACCACAGCCACAGACGGCUACGUGAAAGUGUUCUUCAACGGACUGAUGGUUCGUCGUUCUCCUGUCAUUAACAACAACAACGAUCCACAUUGGGGCACUGUCAUUGACCUGGGAACUCAGGACUUGUCAGCAGGACCAAGAGUGAGAUUUGAGGUGUGGGAUCAGGACAACAACUGGGACGACGACCUGCUGGGACAAUGUGAGCAACCUCUGUCUUCUGGAGUGAAGGAGGAUCUCUGCACCCUGCAGCAUGGCAGGCUGUUCUACAAAUGGGAGGUGAAAUGUGCUCCGAGUCUGAGUGGAAGUUUAUGCACGGACUACAAACCUUCACCUAUGAGUCAAAGUUUGAAGAAGCUGUAUGUGUCCCGUCAUGCCCACCCUGUUCCAAAGGCCGUCCUGAUAGAGAUGGGCGUGUUUGUGGAUGAAACGAGCUCACAGAGAAACCAGAGUCUUAGUACAGAGACUCAAAAGGUUGAUGUGAUAUAACACCCAUGUCUGGCUUUACUGUCGCUUUUUUAGCAACAUUACUCCUUUAAUGAUUUUGUACUGAUGAGAUUAAUUGAAGCAAUAACUUACAACCCUUAAUAAAUAUCUAGUGAACCAAAAGGAUGAAUAGUGUAUCUGAUGGGGAAGAAUUUUUUAUGUGUUGACAGAAGUCUUCAAUUCUUCAAGUUGUACAGUUUAAUUAAACUUUUACUCAUUAAUUUAUUUACACCUUUUUUUUCAUACUGUGCUAUAUAUAAAAAGAAGAUUUUAUGUAUUUCUGUAACCACUUUGUAGUAUUUCAUCAUCUAUACAAACAUUUAAGUGUGUACUCAUGUAUU